AUGGGUUAUGAGUCUAUGCCCCCCUCCCCUCCUGCUUUUGUAGAUGGCUGCCUCGCCUUCAUCACCUCCCUCACCUCCUUUGCCCUGCUCCCCCACUCCCCGCUUCCCCUCUCCCCACACUCUCUCACUCCCUCGGCCCUCUCCACUCCCCAAAUCCCCGGGUCCCGCGUGGCCUGGCGGGGCGCGCUGCUCAGCUUUGCACUGCUGGUGGCCGCAGUGGCCAGCGACUUCUGGUACGUCCUGGGGGUGGCGGACGCCGGCAACAGCACGGGCGCGCGCGCGGCUGUCCUUGCACUCCGGGCGCGGCUCUGGCGCAUCUGCGAAGGGCAAAACAGCUGCAUCCCCCUGGUCGACCCCUUUGCCAGUGACCUGGAUGUCCCCACCUCCGUGCAGCACAUCUCCCUGCACCGAGCUGUCAUGGUGGUCCUGCCCCUGAGCCUCGUCCUUGUCGUGUGUGGCUGGAUCUGUGACCUCUUCAGUUCCCUGGCACAGAGCGUCCUGCUGCUGUUUUUCACCGGCUGCUACUUCUUGCUGGGGGGUGCCCUGACCCUGGUGGGGGUCAGCAUCUACAUCCACUGCUCACACCUGGCCUUCGCCGAGACCGCCCGCCAGCGGCCCCAGCACAUGCGGGACAUCCGUGUCAGCUCCGGCUGGGCUCUAGCCCUGGCCUGGGGCUCCUGCGCCUCAGAGGCUCUCUGUGGCCUCCUCCUGCUCACAGCAGCCCGAACCCGCAGGCUGAGCGCAGCCGGGGGGCCCCCACUCUGUGGUCAUCUGAGUCCCAGAGGGGCCCAGGACUAA